AUGAAUAUGAAUAAUUUACAGGUUGGUGCGGAGUUUUUAUCGUUGGAUUCGCAAGAGUGGUCAGCACAUUAUGGGUUUGCGUACAGUAUAGUAAAGUGAGUUUUUGAAUUUUUUUGUAGUGGAAAAGUAAUGUCUUUGAAGAUGAGAUAUACCAGUUGUUUAUAAAUUUAAAUGAAAAAGUGGGUGAAGAAGGAAGACUGGCUUUAGAACGUCAACCCUGGGAGUUGAGAGAGAGAAGACCAAUGUAUAAUGGAUGGUGUGUAAAUAUUUUGGAUCGAGACAUUUUGUAUUGUGGCGUAAAGGGCUAUGUUUACAUGAAUCCGAAAAUAUACGGUGUUGAUUAUAUUAGUGUUGGAAAAGUAGUACUUGUACACGACAUAUUAACCAAAUAUAGUGUUAGAAAUAUAUAUGAACACGAUUCUAGGGGUUUCUUUGAUUGCGACGGCAGCGAUGAGGACAGGGAUGUAAUGGCUGCAAUAAUUCAUAGUUUAACAGGAUUUUUUAAAGAUAAUGACUAUUCGUUUGUAAAUAUAUUACAACAAAAUAUUUUAAGGGGCGUAGGGGUAUUAGUAAAGGAAAAUGUAAUAUGGGAAAUGUGUAAACUUUUUAGAAUAAUAUAAAUUAAAUAUUUUCUAGAUAUGCAACGGCUUAUUUUCGAGAAGACGAUGAAAUAGUAAAUAAAAUGGCGUUAUGUUAUGCCAAUCAGAUUGGAAGUUUUUGGCCGAGAUCCUGUACGGGAAAAACAAUUUUAAUGGUUGACAAUUGUCUUUACAAGAUACGGUGUUACGUGUAUUUGGUCGGGUGUGUGUCGCGUGAAGACUUGAUAUUGGGGGUGAUUGACCGUGGCGAAUAUGCGGCAUACAGGGUUACUUUAAAGAUUUCUGAUUUAGGUUUUGAAGUAACAGUUGAUGCCGCUCAAGAGGGUUAUAAAUAUCCGCAUGGGGUCGAAGGGGGUAGCGGGUAUUAUUAUGAAUUAUUAGCAAUGUAUAUACAAGAAUAUUUAGAUAUGGAAUUAUGUGAGAUGGAUGGGGAUAUUGGGGAGUAUGAUAGUUCACGAGAUAUUUUAUAUUCUUCAAAAAUGUUAGCUGAGUUUCAGAGGUGGUUUAACUAUCGUAAGAAUGAAGAUAAAUUGUAA